UUAAUUUUAAAAAUAGUGGGAAUUCGUAUGGUAUACAUAUUUUUAGAUAAAUAUCUGUAGCAUAAAUAGACAAGUAAUGUAUACAAACCGCCUGAGUGAUACUUCAAUUGCGUUGUGAAUAUUACAAUACCUACUUGUGUAAUAAAAUAUUUGAAACAGGUAUGACAGACUAUAUUUAUAUUGCUUGUUUAGAGUUUUCUUUGUGUUCUUCACAUUGUAAGGCCUCAGGAUGAAUCGGCUUGGGCGCGUAGAGCCUACUCCGCCGGAGUGCGCGCUCGCUGCCGAAAUGUUCGACCAUUUCUGCUCGGCGGGUACCAUGAAACAAAUUUUAGCUCUUCAUAGAGAAAUUUGCAACACACUCAAUCUGAAACCAAACAGGCUUCCUGAUUUUUAUCCAAAAUUAAAGGCCAAACUAUCAAGUUCAUGGAAGGCGCAAGCUCUUUUUAAAAAGUUUGAUACACGCGCUAAUCAUAAAGUGUACAGCAAAGGUCAUGCUUGCACUCAAACAAAGGUGCUCAUAAUAGGAGCUGGACCGUGCGGCUUGCGUGCGGCUAUCGAGUGUCAACUUCUUGGUGCCAAAGUGGUUGUGGUCGAAAAACGUGAUAGAAUGUCUAGAAACAAUGUUCUGCAUUUGUGGCCCUUUGUCAUACACGACUUACGAGCUCUGGGCGCUAAGAAAUUCUUUGGGAAGUUUUGUGCUGGAUCCAUAGAUCAUAUCUGUAUCAGGCAGUUACAGUGCAUACUCUUGAAGGUUUCGCUUUUGUUAGGCGUAGAAUUUCAUGAAGGAGUCGGCUUUGAGGAACUGCUGCAGCCAACAGUUACUGAAAACUCUGAAACCCUGGGGUGGCGGGCGAGAGUUAGCCCGAUAGACCACCCUGUAGCGCAAUACGAGUUCGACGUUCUUAUCGGUGCAGACGGCAAGCGAAACACACUUCAGGGCUUCAAACGUAAAGAAUUUCGUGGAAAACUUGCAAUGGCCAUUACAGCAAAUUUUAUCAACCGACACAGUGAACAAGAGGCUUCGGUACCUGAAAUAAGUGGCGUGGCUUUCAUAUUCAAUCAGAAAUUCUUCAAAGAUUUAUAUGAGGAAACAGGAAUAGAUCUCGAAAAUAUUGUGUAUUAUAAGGACGAUACCCACUAUUUCGUAAUGACAGCGAAGAAACACAGUCUUUUAGACAAAGGAGUUCUAUUAAAUGACUAUGCGGAGGUGUCUCGCUUGCUUAGCGUCGAGAAUGUAGACCGAGCAGCACUAAUGAGGUAUGCGCAAGAGGCAGCCCGUUUCUCUACAGAUGGACGUUUGCCUUUGCGUGACUUUGCCCUCAAUCAUUACGGAGAACCAGACGUAGCACUGUUUGAUUUUACUUCAAUGUAUGCAGCCGAAAAUGCCAGCAUGGUAUACGAUCGACACGGUAGGCGAUUACUAUGCCAGUUGGUUGGGGAUAGCUUGCUAGAGCCGUUUUGGCCAACGGGAUCCGGAUGUGCGCGUGGCUUCCUCUCCGCUCUUGAUUCCGCGUGGGCUGUCCGCGCAUGGGGACAGACUCCAAAUCCACACCCCCUGGAGGUUAUUGCAGAGCGAGAAUCUAUAUAUAGGCUUUUAGCUCAGACAACGCCAGAGAAUCUUCACCGUGACUUCGGUGCGUACACGCUCGAUCCCGGAACGCGGUAUCCGAACCUCAACCGAGCAGCUGUCUCACCGCACAGAGUUACUUCCUUCUACGAUUCUGACGAACCAUUGCCACUCGAUGCUGUGCCAGCUGCUAAGAAGAGGCGUCGAGAACCGGAAAUAUCAGAAGAAACGCUCAUCGCCUGGGUGGGAUACACGGAACCGGGACUAAGAGCAGCCACAGGUCCGGCUGCUUUGUCCGAACUCUUAAAACGAUACCGACCGGAUCUUUUGCCAACGGAAUCGUCACCGAAGGCAGUUUACCAUAUAUUGCAACAAGAGUUUGGUAUCACCCCAGUCGCAGCUAAUGGAUCGACUCGUGAUAUCCCGGAAGCAAAGCUGCGCUCGUAUCUUCUUCGAGUGUAUCUUGCUUUUAAGGGUGAAGUGCCUCAUAUUUAUCACAAGACCGACAUGUUCGAUCAGAUUAAAAAAAGUCAGCAGACCGAGAAGAGUAUUCGAAACACAGCAGACCAUUCAGUUUCUGUUUAUUCAAACGCUGCGGAUACUGACAAAUCGCACUCGAGUUACAGAAAAAAGCGACGCUCCGUUCGUCCACAACAAGUAAGUAACGAUCCCGCAGAAUAUAUCAGAAAAAAAAUUGGAAAAUUAGAUCUAAACGAUAUUACACAAUUAGCACGGCUUAUUGAAGGACAUGACACCGUUCCAAACGAUGAACAGCGGGCUGAUAAGCAAAAGGAGUUACAGGAACAAAUAAUAACCUUGUUAGAUCCUGACGAUUCACCUGACCCGAAAAUUAUACGAGAUUCUUUAGCACAGCUCUUGCAAGGAACUACGAAGACCAAAGUUAAAUCAAAAAAUGUUAAAGAUGAGUCCAAAUUUGCGCAUUAUUUCCAAGAGGGCGGCAAGAACAAUGAAAAGAAACUAAUUAAACCGUCUCGUAAAUUAAAAGGUUUGGAUGCUGACACGAUCAAAAUUCCCGAUUUCUCGGACAUAUUUCAAGACGAUUCUGCCGAUACUGAUGCUACUUUAGUAGCACCAGUUGAAUAUUCAAAAAAAAAACAAAAAUCGAGAUCUCCUUCAUCUAGUAAUCUUAAUCACAAAGAAGUUGCUAGGGCUUCUUCAACAGAAAUACAGUUAUCGCAAACAAGAAGAUUAUCUGAAGUAAUAGAUACGCAAAGAAAAAGGUGUUCACAGAGUCCAGAAAUAUCUCUACCGUAUGGUCGUUCAAAUUCUAUAGGUUCUCCAGAAAUGGCAUUUAAUACGAGGCGUAUAGCACAGAUGUUUGAAGGUAAUAAACGACAGACUCAAAGUCCUGAAUCUAUUACAGUUCGUUCAAGAAUAACGGACAAUCCAGAAAUGGCAUUGCGAUGGCAACGUAUGGCUGAUAUAAUUGAAGGAAAGCGUCGUGACACUCCUAGCCCAGAUCGUUCAAAGCGAUCCGAUUCCAUUGGAAAUCCUGAAUUAGCACUACGUAGACAACGUGUUGCUGACUUAAUUCAAGGUGGCAAUAAGCCAUACCAGGGUCAAGAGAACUUGGCGCAAAGAAGGAACUCUGGAGAAAUUGCAUUCAGGAUGCAAAGAGUUUCAGAAAUGAUGAGAAAGAAAAACGCUGAUGUGAAAAAGCCAAAGAGCUAUGGCAAAAGAAAGGCAGCUCGUGAGAUUAUGAAACAGCGUUUUGAAAAGAGUUUACAAAUGUUGGCAGCUGAACCAAGGCUUGAUUUUGCUCCUUCCGCGGAUUUAGAGAAUGACUAUGGACUACAGCAGUACCGUGCCAGUGCACCACAAUUUGACGAGCGGGUUAAAAAAUUGGAGAAGAAAUUGCAACACUAUGAAGAAGGGCGCAUAGUUGGUGGAGGAGCGCGUGCUGCAGGUGGUGGUGCUCGUGUUGCCCGUUUGGCUGCAGAGCUAUCGAAUACCACGUCGUCGUCGGUAGCGCCACGGUCCUCGAAACCAAAAGAUUUGAUGAGAUCAGUAGGAAAAAUCGAACGAGAUGACUGGAACGUUAAAGAAAUCGAACGAAAAAUUAUGGAAAAUAGACUCGGCCGGCCCGAGCCUAAAACUGCGGAAAAAGUGCCUAAAUGGGAUAGAGAACAAUUUCUAGGUCGCCAACGUCGGCUCAAGGAAGGUGAAAAUAAUGAAGAAAAGUGGGGAGAAAUCGACGAAACACUCCACAAACUAGACCAGAAACUGAGAGACUCAGGACGGCCAGUUCAUGGAACUAAGAAGGUAGCGAAGCUUGCCACUAAAUUUGUCAAGAAGGAAGAACCAGAAGCUGGAAAGGCGUCAAAAGAAGAGCUGAAGAAACCCUGGCGUGGACCAUCAUCUGCUGGCAUGCAGUGCGCUGCGUGCGGUACUCGCGUGUUCGCAGCAGAGGGUGUAGUUGCAGACGGUUUGCACCUGCAUCGGGCCUGCUUCCGAUGCGCAGUUUGCAAGACUGUGCUGAGGCCUGGUAACUACACAAUGGAGCGGUAUGGCAGUAGAUUGGUCUGUCUUCGCCACUCAGGAGUGAGUGUGCCUGAUUCUAUAGUGUCGAGGGUGUUGUCGGAGCCGUCACCCGCCCGAGGCGACGCACCCAUGUCCACGCCUGAACGCAUCAGCCUCGAGCUCUCUGACGGCGGCGCGAGAGAGAUCGACGAGGAUGAAUGGACCGACAGAAACUUCCUCGCUUCUGAAACAUCUGGAGCCGGAGGACUUAGUGAUGAAGAAGAGUCAAGUUCAGAUGAGUAUACGGACGCCAGUGAUAGUGAUAACGAUGCGGAACAUUCACCGCAGCCGAUUGUUGCGGAGGCCCGACCGCUGCAUUCCAAUCUCUACUUCUCUGAUGAUUCUUUUGGAUAUGAUGAUUACUCGGAUGAUGGCGCGGAAUCAUCUGGUAACGAGUCAUGUUCCAGGAUGCGCGCUGCUCGCGAGGCUCGACGACGCGAGGUGCCUGCAGAAGCGCGGCCGCCCACUGACAGCAGCGAGGUGGAGUCCGAAGAGGAAAGCGAAAGUAGUGAUGAAGAAGUGUCAUCUGCGACAGAAGUAUCAACGGACAGCGAGUUCGCUCGGGAAGAAUGUACGCCGAUGUGUGCGACGUCUCCACCUGCCAUAUUGGUGACGGAGGCGACGCCUCCUGCACCCGUCGCGCCACCGAACCCACCAGAGUAUCCGCUUAGCAGGACACGUUCAGCUGGUGGCCUAGCAACUAAACGAGCUCUUGAGUUAAAAAGAAAAUAUCUUCUAGGCGAACCCUCCCCUCCUACUGUCAGAAAAUCAGACUCCACCUCACAGUUAGAUACCAAAUUGGAAGCAUUUAGAUCUACUAUAACAGAAUUUCAAAAGUUAUUACAUCCUGCACCAGCUCAACCCCAAAAACCUAUUGUUACGUUUCAGUUAAAUUCAGAAGAGAAAAAAGUGCAGCCUAUGCCUGACAUAAUUAAAAACUUAUGCACUGAUGCCCCUGUAGACUUAUUAACAAAAGGUGAUUCACCGCUAUGUAAGGACGAUUGGAGAGAACCUAUUAAAGAGGAUAGAAAAAAGCCAGAUAUUGAAUCAGAUUCUCUCUCUGAUGAUGAUUCAUCACAUACCGAAACUAUACCUAAUCAAUCCGUUCCCAGAGUUGAGGUCCAUGACGAAGGUGGAGAAUUGAUUCAAUUAGAUAGUUUAAUGAUCAUCAAUAGUAUUGAUGAUGAUAACGAUGAAAAAGCUUCCGGGAUAGCUACGGUAACAGGACCUACUGUCGUUGCUGUAGACUCAGAAUCUUCAGAAUCCUGCAGGGAUGCGACAACACUAGCUUUAACUGAAACAGAGCUAUCUGAUUGGGCUGCUGAAAGUGCUGUCUUAGAUGAUUGUGGUUUUGAUGAGAAGGAAGACAGAAAAAGAAGUAAAAAUCCUAGAAGUCUCAGUGGACCUAAGUUAGUGCACGAAACCAAAAAUAUAUCUGCUAUACAGUCACAUGUCUGUGGAAGGACUAGUCCCACAGAACCGAUCGUAUUUUCGAAUGCCCUAGAACAUUUUGAGUUUGCUGAUGAAGGAGAUCAGGAUCCAUCUAUUGAUACACCCGUAACUCCUCGCAAUGAAGGCUAUAUGGAAUUAAUUGAUGAUGAAUACGAUCCUUAUUUUCCUACUAACGAUCGGUCAAUGAAUUUUAUAGAAAGAAGCUUUUCCGAAACAACUAUUAAACCAAACGAUACAAAUAAUGAAUAUGAAGAAAAAGAAAUCGAAAAUGAUUUUUCGGAAGUAAUAAAAUAUAUCGAUGAUCAAGAUUCUAAAACCGAUAGUUUGUCUAAAGAGGAAAUAUUGAUAGCGCCGAAUGUUGAGCCAAAGGCGAAUGAUUCUUUUGAAAAAUCGAAUAGUAGUAGUGACAAAAAGGAUGAUUCUUUAUUUCGCGUAACAGAAGAAAUUACAGAUAAUCAAGAUACAAAUAAAAGUGACGGCUUGAUAAUAAGUGGCAGCUUGUCCGAUAUUUCGCCUCCUUUGGAAGAUGACAAUGAAAGUAAACAUGAUAGUAAUAAAUUAGAUAUUGAAAUAUCUCUUGACGACAUUUCACCUUCUCUAGCAAAUGAAAAAUCAAAAUCUCAAAGUAGCAUUGCUUAUACAUCUAAAAAGCCCAUUACAUUUGCUAGUCCUUGUAGUAUAAGAAUUUAUGCUCCAGCAAUCUGUAGAUCCGCUAGUGAAACUUUUAGCAGACCAAAUGUACUGGGAAUAAAUUCACCAAUACGAACUGUCGAUUGGCCCUGUCACGUAAGUUCAGACUCAAUGUCUACUACGAGUCCGAUGCCUAUACGAGACACCAGCGAUAAAGUGCAAGAGAUUAAAAAAGAAAGAGAGGAACAGACUGAAGUGGUGAGACGACUUGUGUUGGAGAGAUUGGGUAAUGGUCAGCGAGCAAAUAGGAAGUCAACGCGUAAGACUAAGGCUUCGCCGCUGAGCAGCGUACCACCACCGGUGCCGCCACCACCAAUUUUAACCGCGCCUCCCUCACCACCCGCACCACCCUCGCCUCCUAUUCCCGUUUUGCCGCCGCCGCCGCUGCGACCCGCACCUCCACUAAUGACUCUACCCGUCACAUCCUCGUUUUCUGACCCCGACUUAGCGCACGAGAGGAGGAGAAAAGGUAUCAUAAGGAGCAUUUCCAAUUACUUGAACAGGCGGCUGGGACCUCGCCAAAAGUGUGUCUCGGAGCCGGACCUGACGACGCACGAUUCGCAACGACAUCGUAUUCGCGAAGCUCAUAAGUCAACAGGCGCGCUUCAAGAAGCGCCUCCCGUGCCUCCUCCACCUAUCAGCUACACGCCACCCGACGUCUCGCUUCCUCCCCAGCCACGUCUACCAAGAGCGGCGCGCGGGGGAAGUGUGUGUGUGGACGGGUGCGGGGGCGGCGGGGGGGACGAGGACGAGCGUGACGCGAUGCAGCUAUGGUUCGAGGCUCGCUGGGCGCGGCUGGUGGCGCAAAGACGUGCGCGCGAGGAGUCUCGCGACGACCCCGCCUCGCGCUGUGUGGCCCGCCUACAGCGGCGACUCGCACGGCCCCUGUCCGCGGAACAGCAAGCGGCGACAGUAGCCGAGCUAGUGCAAGUAUCGGCCCAACGUCAGGCGCAUCAGGCGUUAAUGGAAGCGGAUAGAAGACGUACCGGUGCUAGCAACGGGGUUGGCGAUUAAAUUUCCUUUUUCUUAUUUUAUAUGACUUCUUAUCUUUAUUACUAUUUAUUAAGUCGUUGCGCUUCAUAAUCAAUGUAUUAUAAGGUUGAAAAUUGUAUUCGAUCACAUCACAUUUUGUUGGUAUUAUAUUAAUUAUAACAAUUAUUUUAUAUUAUCACAGAAGCAUAUUUCAAGUAAUAAAAUUUAUACAAAUUAUUUGAUAGGCGAAACAUCUCAAACUUCAGUUCAAGUUAAAAUAAAUAUAUUGUUAGUUAAACUAAUAAAGGUCAACACAAAUUACAGGAUUUUAGUAAAGUCUCUCGUUAUUUGAAUUAUGUAUAAUGUACAUGUAUUGAUUCCUUAGACAGCUGGAUUAUAUUAGGGAUGGUGUUAAUUAAAAACAAACAAAAACUAAAUAUUGCCUUAAAGCUGAUACUUCAGCGUAAAAUUCUAAUAAACGUGUCUUCUCGAAACAGCUCUCAUAUUAGAUGUUAAAACAUGUUGUAUAGAUUCUAUUUUUGUACGGGACAAUUUUCCAAAUUUAUUUUUCACCACGUUGAUAAGAUGUCAGACGUAAAUGUAACACGCAGCGUUUUAUGCGUGAGAAGUCGGAUAAAUAUAAUGAUUUUUUUUUUAUAGAGAUAGUGGAACAUGGUAUAUACGAAGGCUGUGAAGGAAAAAGGACGUUAAUACCAGUUCCUAGACGUUAUGGGAAGUUAAAAUAUAAACAAAAUUUGUAUUCCACUUUUACCGUUUUGCCGAGGGGCGGUCGUUAAUGAUUUUAUAUCAUCAAUAUAGAACGAUGUCGCUUUCUUACACCUUUUUGUAACAAUAAUGUAUAAAGAUUUUCUAAGAAAUUAUUUAGUAAUGGAAUGCUAAAGUUAUAUACAUUACGCCAGCUCUCUAGCAGAUACUACAAUAGGUUACGUCGUAUAAUUAUUCAUUAGAAUAAAUGCUUUAAUUACAUAUGCAUAUAAAGAUUUAUAAAACAGAUUGAAAUCAAAGUUUUAA